AUGCAGUGGACUGUCUACAAGCCCUGGCUCUGCGCUCAGUAUUUCCAGAGUCCUCAGUCAGGCUGCAGUCAUAAGAUUCCCUGUGAGCAAUACUGUCUUGAGGUCCAGCAGAGGUGUCCGUUCAUAUUGCCUGACAAUGAUGACCUUAUACAUGGUGGUACUCCCAGUUUUAUAUGUGCAGGGUUCAAACCAGACAUCAACCAGGAGCCAGAGUGCUGUGAUGUGCGAUGGGACCAGAAGUCCAACCGCUCCCGGGGCACUUUAAAAAGAACUCACCCUUCCUGCCAGCACACAUCCGUGACCUCCUCGGGGGGUCCACGGCUCGGGCAGGGCCGGCUGAAACUUUGCUUGCUGGUCCUAGUUCUUCUCCACACUGUGGCUACCAUGACAGCCAAUCAAAACUCGACCUGCCUGAAUGGAAUCUUUCCACUGGAUGACAACGCCCCGAGAGAAGAGUGAUUGAAUGAAGAAAAACUCCAGCUCCAACACCACUUGCUUCAGGCUUGCCAGUAAAGAAGCACCUCAUUCAGAGAAAAGUUGAGUGUAAUGGCUCUAAGUGAGGCUCACAGUCUCUACCAGAGAACACUUAUCCACACUUGUCAUCAGCACCUUGUUGGGUUUUGGGAAAACAGUCAACAGGGCACAGGACAAAAGAUAAGCAUAAUACGAAGAGUCAGAACAUGCCCCUACAGAGACUUCUUGCUCUCUUCUGGUACACACAUUGUGACACACACACACACACACACGCAAGUUGCCAUUUCACUUUGCACUAGGAGAUUAUCAAACUUUUCCCUUUUAGUUUCAGCUGUUAUUUUCACUUCAAGAUGGUUUUGACUUCUGUUCAGUGGUUUCAGAGCAACCUGGAAAGAGACUUGGGUGUCCAUGUCCUGUCAAAUUCUCUCGUUAUGUUACGUGUCAGUAUUUUGUGUCCUUUGAGAGUGAGCGUCACAUCACAGUCAUCAGCACCAUUCAGACAGGCUACAGGUAGAAGAUUCAUGUCUUUCUUUCUAAUGCCUACAUUUUCAUCCUAAAUAAAAUAAAAUAAUAAAAAGCCCUAUUUUUAAACUAAAUGUACUGAAAGCCUCAAAAUCAAAUCAGCAGUUGGCACCCCAUCUAAUUAGAGAAUGUUGUUUAUCUUCUCUACCUUCUAAGAAACAGAUAAAACCUCCUUGCAUUAUUUUAGAAACUGAUGCUUAUUUCCCUUACUGUAUGAAAAAUCUUGGUGAUUGGUGGAGUUUGCCUCAACUACCAUGAGAUAGUUCUGUUUAUUCUAAGAUCUUCAUCUCCAAAUCAUGUACAUAGCUUACUGUUUUACACUUAGAAAAAAAGCGACAUAAGUUGUCAUUGGGCUGGUACCCUUUAAAAAGGUAAUAAUGUGUAACCUUUAAGAUACUAAUAUAGAACUUUUAGGGGUAAAUAUGGUACAGAAGUGUACCUAUUGAAAAGGGUGCUGUCCUAGUGACAGAUUUUUUAUGCAUCUUGCCCAUUUUAUUGUAUAAAAAGACCCCAUCAUUUUGGUAGUUAUUCAAAUACAAAUAUAGUCUACAACAGGUCAGAAUAAUCCAAGUAACAGGGCUUUGGCACACAACUGUAAAAAAGGAGGAUGUAAUUAUAAGUAUUUUCAUACAUGACACUAUUUUAUUAUGCACUUUAAUCAUUUAACAAUGUGCUAAACCCUUCUGCCCUCUUGCAUUAAUUGCAUCUUGGAUAUUCUUCUGUGAAAUAAUCAUUUCUCAGUAUGUGGUCCUUACAUUAUUCUUAACAGCAACAAUAUUUAUAUUGUUAUUCAUUGCAUGACAUAAUUUGAAUGCAUUCAUUUAACAUCGUUAUAUGUGAAGCUUGUUUAACUAAGGUUAACUACCAUAGUUCAUGUGCGAAUGGAACUGGAAUAGCUGAACAGAAUGUGGCACUCCAACAUAAUCAUACACAAUUACACUGUAAUUUUACCAUAAUUUCCCUGUCAAAAAUAACUAUCUAUUGUGUAAAGGGCUUAGCAAAUAGUAGUGUGUGAAGAAGGAGUUAAGGGCUUACUCUACAUUUCUCCUUCUGUGUGAUUGUUGUCUUCAGUGUUUGAGUGUAAUGGAUAAUAGGGAUUAUGUGUUGUUUUGCCUUUGUCAGGACCUUAUUUUAUUACCUUAUUUUCAGACUAUCCUCAUAUACAUCUGUGCAUCCAAAACAUUGCUUUGGUCAUUAUGUUCCUGUGUGUUUUUUUUUUUUUUUUGUUUGUUUGUUUGUUUUUUUUUUU